AGAGAACCUCCAACAAAACGCGCGACUUUCAUUCAAACACCCAUUGAUGACAAGUACAAUAACCUUUGGGGAGGUUUCGCAGUCGCGAUCACGUCUUGAUCACUGCUGAGCCAAUCAAAACCUUCGACUAUAUCAACUGACCACCCUCGCGGCCCCUCCAUCAACCCUCGAUACCUCUCAACCAUACAUUCGAAUUCUAUUGCAGCGACUUGCUGAGUUGAACGCGACUUGCUGUGCCUGUUCGCUAUGGAUACCAGCUAUUUGUCUUCGCAGGUUUCGACCAUCAUUGGACAGCUCCAUGGUCUCUUCGAUGAAAUUGGAGUUCCCAUCCAUGAGCGUGAAGCUCGAGAGUCAGAGUUGUUUGCUGCGCUCUCUGAGACUUUACACAAUCAAGUACGGCUAGUAACUUCGGAAAAGGACGAUAUGACAGAGGAGGCUAGGCGUAUUAUUACCACAAUCAAGCAGAUGGAAGCUUCCCUUGACGAUACGAAGAAUAGAAAUGAUCACAAGGUCGAUGACGAGGACCUGAAGAUCACCUUCCCUUUGACGCGCUGUUUACAAGGUUUGAAGGAUAGGCAUCUCCAGAUAUCAAAGUUACAUAGGGAGAGAUUCGAGCAAGUCAAGAAGCUCGUCCAAGCACUGGAAUCUUACUCAUCUCAUCUCGAAUCAUCCUUCAUUAAGAUCACUCUUCCCCCGACCGCGCCGAAUGCGAGUAUUCCUCCUACCUUCGACCUCUCCCCUUCGUACGUAACCGCUCUGGAUGAUGAGUUUACUCGGGUCUACGAAGAAUAUACGCGCCGUGUCGCAACUGUUAAGGCCCUUUCCGAACACAUCAUUCAACUCUGGGCAGAAUUGGGAACACCGCAAGCUCAAACUGAUGGUAUGAUCGUUAAAUACUAUCGCGACUCGCCGGAGCAGCUGGGUCUACACGAGGAAGAUAUCGCUAGGUUGAGGGCAAAGCGUGACAAGCUUGCAGAAGAGAAGAAGUCACGUGAAAAACGCCUCAAGGACCUGAAGACAACAGUCCAAGGAUUAUGGGACCGUCUGGGUGUUGAGGAGCAUGACAGAAAGCAAUUCCUUAACAGCAAUCGGGGCUGUGGUGUUCGCCAGAUCAACGAGUUUGAGGACGAGCUGUCGAGGCUGAACGAACUCAAGAGACAAAACCUCCAUCUGUUUGUGGAAGAUGCGAGAUACAAGCUUCAAGAGCUUUGGGAUAGUCUGUAUUUCUCAGAGGAGGAAAUGCUGGAAUUUACUCCCGCUUUCUCAGACGUCUAUAGUGACGCUCUCCUCGAGGCACAUGAACAGGAGAUUGGUCGAUUAGAGGCUCUCAAGGAGCAACGUGCACCUACGCUUGCCCUCAUCGAAAAACAUAGGUCCCUCGUGAAGGAGCGUGACGAUUUGCAGGCUUCCAGCCAAGACGCAUCUCGAUUGCUGGGUCGGGGUCAGAAGGGAGAGAAGCGGGAUCCAACACGUUUGCUGAGAGAAGAGAAGAUGAGAAAGCGAGUUGCAAAGGAGUUGCCUAAGGUUGCAGUUGAAGUGAGAAUGGUCUUGGAGAGGUGGGAGGAUGAUUACGGUCGACCAUUCCUUGUCCAUGGCGAGAGAUACCUCGACGAGCUUGAGGCGUCCGAGGCAAAGCCGGCUCCUGGCCCUCGAUCAAAGACUCCAGCUGGCCCUCCACCAUCUGCUGCAAAGAACCAGAAGUCUGCACCUCCAAGCCGUGCUAACAACAUGAAGGCACCACCGCCAAGAGCUGGUGCGAAGACGCCAGUUGCAACCGGAACAGUCAGACGUAACCCUCUUGCCGAGUCCGUAUCGAGAGCAGCUGGUGCAAAAUCACCAUCGAAGAUUCCUGCUCGUGCCCCGUUGGCAAACCUCAAUCAUGGAGGCAAUUCUCCUGAACGACGACCUCGCCCUGAAUCGAGACAAGAAACCAUCCGAGGCAAGAUGGGCCCGCCGCUGCGAGCUCCGCCACCCAAGAUGAGAGAUCUUUUAGAACCUCCACCAGCGCCUACACCGAUCGCACAUUCUCGUGCCGAGAGUGUAGCCUCAAGCGGAAGUGUCCGACAUGUUGAACCAGAAGAUACUUUCUACGACGGAGGAUAUGCACAACAACAGCGCACUCGACCCCAAUCAUAUCAUGAAUUGAAGUCUUCAAUGCGCCAGAAUGAACGAGAACCACAACUGAGCUCCUCUCACCACUCCGGCCCUCCCAGUCGUCAAAUUUCGAACACCUCGAACGCUACUGUCUCAGGCUCGGAGAACUGGCAGACAAUUGAGGAUGACUCGGAACCAGAACAAGACUACUCCGAAGCCAAUUAUGCAAGACUUCGUGCUGCCCGUGCAGGAAAGCGCUUCACUCCUGAGGACUACCCUCAAGGUGGUCAAGUUAAGAAGCAGAAGGGCCUCCCACCAUAUGGUGCCCGUGCUUGCUACGCGGAGACCGAGGGCAAUCGAAUUGUGUCCGGCAGUGAAGCCGCUUGGACUGAUGAAGACGCAUUCUAACAACCAGCGUCCUUCAUUCUUUAGAUUUCGACCGAUGCGAUAACCUCCGAAACAACCCUGUCCAUUAGUUUCUCAUAGAUUUUGUUGAAGUUUGUCCGGUUUUAUCGAGGAAUACACUCCACGAAGGUCAUGAGCAACGCUUCUGACGAAUUGUGACGACGGCCAGACUUCCCAGCGCGUUUCUCCUCUAAAGCGGAUUCGUUUCUUGUAUGUUAUUUAUGGCAUAGAUCUCUGCUUGUUCGAUUACUACUUUUGACGAAGGAUAUCAGCAUCAUGGUCUGAUUCUCCUUCGCAGUUAUAUCGUUUGGUUUUGUGUUGGAGUAAAGGAUGGACCUGCAAAGGGGAUUGGAUGUAUCCAGGAGUUUAUUGACGCAGAUUCCUACUUACCUGUGCGAAUAGAAAUGAAAUGAUG